AUGGGCUCCCAAACCGUCUCGUCGCAACCCCACGUCCCCCCGGCGGGCGUUUGGUGCCCCGCAGUCAGCUUCUUUCACCACGAAUCCGACUCGCUCGAUCUCGAUGCCCAGGCGAAAUACUUCGCCUACCUGUCGCGCACCGGGCUCGCGGGCCUGGUCAUCCUGGGCACCAACUCCGAGGCCUUCCUCUUGACCCGCGAAGAGCGUGCCCAGCUCAUCGCCACCGCGCGUGCCGCCGUCGGUCCUGACUUCCCGCUCAUGGCCGGCGUGGGAGCGCACUCUACCAAGCAAACCCUCGAACUGGCCAACGAUGCGGCGGCGGCCGGUGCCAACUACCUGCUCGUGCUUCCCCCGGCCUACUUUGGCAAGGCCACCAACAUGAACGUCGUGAAGCGGUUCUUCUCCGAAGUCGCCGCGAAGGCGUCGCUGCCCGUGGUGCUGUAUAACUUCCCUGGCGUGUGCAACGGCGUCGAUAUGGACUCCGAGACCAUUGCCGCCAUCACGCGCGAAUCCGCUGCCCAGCGUAAUGGCCCCUCCAACGUGGUGGGUGUCAAGCUGACCUGCGGCUCUGUGGGCAAGAUCACCCGCCUCGCGGCCACUUUCUCCUCCGAGGAGUUCGCAACCUUUGGUGGCCAGUCCGACUUCCUCAUUGGCGGUCUCGCCGCCGGCAGCGCCGGGUGCAUCGCCGCAUUCGCCAAUGUCUUCCCCAAGACAUCCUCCAAGGUGUAUGCCUUGUACCAGAAGGGCCAGCUGGACGAAGCCCGCAAGCUCCAGGGCCAGGCGGCGCUGGCGGAAAGCCCCAUCAAGAGUGGAAUCGCUUCUACCAAGUUUGCCGUGGCAACAUACACGGCUCCGCUGGCGGGCAUCCAGGGCGCCGAAGAGAAGCUGCAGCCCCGACACCCCUAUGAGCCGGUGGGCGAGCCGUCAAAGAAGGCCAUCCGGGAAGUGAUGGCAGAGGUGGGCGCGAUUGAGAAGAGUCUGUAG